GUGGACCCUCAGUAAACACUGGUAGUUAGUUAUUAACACCACAGAACAGGGGAGAUUGAGGUCUCCGUCCACAGCAUCAGGUCCUUACAUAUGCUCCAGAACUAAACACCUAAACUGGAUCUGGUUUGGCUGAGGUCAUGUCUCGUCUCGUGCUGUGUUUGAUUGUCUGCGUCACUUUGUGGUCUGCAUCCGUCGUUAGUUUGUCAGUUUUCUCUGAUGCGCCGCAGGCUCACAUGCUUCUUCGGUCUCGGCGGGCAAAUUCCUUCCUGGAGGAAAUGAAACCCCCCUCUAAGGAACGAGAAUGUAUUGAAGAAAAGUGCGACUUUGAAGAAGCGAGGGAGAUUUUCCUGACAAGAGAAGCUACACUGGAGUUCUGGACGGUGUACACAGAUGGAAACCAGUGUCAGUCCAAUCUGUGUGUACAUGGUGAAUGUGUGGAUCUGUUCCAAGACUACGCCUGUCGCUGUAAUCCUGGUUAUGAAGGCAAAUACUGUGAAUACAAUGUAACAGCUACAAACUGCUCUGUUAAUAAUGGUGACUGUGACCAUGAUUGCAUAGAGGGCGAGGACGGUCAGUGGAGAAAAUGCAGUUGUCUAAAUGGAUACAAUCUCGACAAGAAUAACAGAAAAUGCCUCCCGCAAGGUACCACAUCUUGUGGUCAGCUGCUGAUCAGCAGGUCAGAGUAUAGCGAGCCUUUGGUCGGCCUGCUGCCCUGGAUGCUCGGAGGAGAGGUGGGCAAAAAGGGUGAGAGUCCCUGGCAGGUGGUGGUGCUGAAUGCCAGAGGGAAUUUUCACUGUGGAGGUGUCCUAAUUAACAGGAACUGGGUCCUGACAGCAGCACACUGCCUAGAAAACAAUCUACAGUUUGCUGUACGACUUGGUGACUACGAGCUUCUCAGGAAGGAAGGCACAGAGGUGAUGCUGAAGGUGGCCAAAGCUUUCAAACACCCAAACUACAACAGAGAGACAGUGGACAAUGACAUUGCUCUGCUGCGUCUGGUGACCCCCGCCCCAUUCAACAGUUACAUUGCUCCUAUAUGCUUACCGGGGCGGGCCAUGGCAGAGCGGGUGCUCCAUCUUAAUGGCACCACCACCGUGGUGACUGGCUGGGGCAAAGAUGACAGUGGUAAGUACAGCUCGGCCCUGAACGUCAUCAAAGUGCCGUUGGUCAGCCACAGCGUCUGCGCACAGCAGAUGUUACCCUACACCAUCUCUGAGAACGUCCUCUGCGCCGGGAUCCUGGGUCAGAGAAUCGACGCCUGCGAAGGGGACAGCGGCGGGCCGAUGGUCACUCUGUACCACGGCACGUGGUUCCUGGUUGGCUUAGUGUCGUGGGGCGAGGGCUGCGGCCAGAUAGACAGGCUAGGCAUCUACACCAAAGUGUCCAACUACAACGACUGGAUCAAGCAGGUGCAGGAGGAGUGGGACAGAACCAAUAACCUGCAGUGAUGCCCAGCCUGACCCUUUUCCGGUUCGAUCUGUUGAAGCCCCGGCUACAUCUCAUAGCAUCAAAGAUGUACACACUUUUAACAUAAACUCUCCUACUCUUGAAA